AUGUCUUGGUCACAGACUGCUUUUCGCUUGACGAGCAAACCACGUGGGUGUCAUUUAAUUACGAAUGAGGUCGAGAGACAAGUCGCCGAGCUAAGGGAUUAUCGUGUUGGGCUGGCUAACGUGUUUUUACAGCAUACAUCCGCCUCUUUAUGCUUGAAUGAAAAUGCCGACCCGGAUGUACGUGAAGACAUGGAAAUGGGAUUAAAUAGAUUAGUUCCUGAGAAUUGGCCAUAUAUACAUUCUAAUGAAGGACCCGAUGAUAUGCCUGGUCAUUUGAAAAAUGCAUUAAUCGGCGCCUCUUUGAAUAUCCCAAUUACUAAUGGACGAUUGAAUUUGGGUACUUGGCAAGGAUGA